GCCUUGCGAAAGGAAAAGUCCCGAGAUGCUGCUCGCUCUCGCCGGGGAAAGGAAAAUUUUGAAUUCUACGAGUUGGCAAAGUUGUUGCCGCUCCCUGCAGCCAUUACAAGUCAGCUUGACAAGGCAUCCAUCAUCCGACUUACAAUUAGCUAUCUGAAAAUGAGGGACUUUGCUAAUCAGGGGGAUCCUCCGUGGAACUUGAGAAUGGAAGGACCUCCACCCAACACAUCAGUAAAAGGUGCCCAGCGCAGGAGAAGCCCCAGUGCCCUUGCCAUUGAAGUAUUUGAAUCACAUUUGGGAAGUCACAUUUUACAGUCCCUGGAUGGAUUUGUAUUUGCACUAAACCAAGAAGGAAAAUUUUUGUACAUUUCAGAAACCGUCUCCAUCUAUUUAGGCCUAUCCCAAGUGGAACUGACAGGCAGCAGUGUGUUUGACUAUGUCCACCCCGGAGACCAUGUGGAGAUGGCAGAGCAGCUGGGCAUGAAGCUUCCCCCGGGGCGAGGCCUUCUCUCGCAGGGUACAGCAGAGGAUGGAGCCAGCUCAGCAUCUUCAUCUUCUCAGUCUGAGACCCCUGAGCCAGUGGAAUCAACAAGCCCCAGUCUACUAACCACUGACAACACCCUAGAGCGCUCUUUUUUCAUCCGAAUGAAAUCUACUCUGACCAAGCGAGGAGUGCACAUCAAAUCAUCAGGAUACAAGGUGAUCCAUAUAACAGGCCGGUUACGACUGAGAGUGUCACUGUCCCACGGGCGGACAGUCCCUAGCCAAAUCAUGGGGCUUGUAGUUGUGGCUCAUGCUUUGCCACCUCCUACAAUCAAUGAAGUCAGAAUCGACUGCCACAUGUUUGUUACUCGCGUAAAUAUGGACCUCAAUAUCAUUUACUGUGAAAAUAGGAUUAGUGAUUACAUGGAUCUGACCCCUGUAGAUAUUGUAGGAAAGAGAUGUUACCACUUCAUUCAUGCUGAAGAUGUGGAAGGGAUCAGGCAUAGUCACUUAGACUUGCUGAAUAAGGGUCAGUGUGUAACUAAAUAUUACCGCUGGAUGCAGAAGAAUGGAGGGUACAUCUGGAUACAGUCCAGUGCUACCAUAGCUAUCAAUGCCAAGAACGCAAAUGAGAAGAAUAUCAUCUGGGUCAAUUACCUUCUUAGUAACCCAGAGUACAAGGAUACGCCGAUGGAUAUUGCACAACUUCCUCAUCUGCCAGAGAAAACCUCAGAAUCCUCAGAGACCUCUGAUUCUGAAUCAGACUCAAAGGACAACUCAGGUAUUCCAGAGGACAAUGAGAACUCAAAGUCAGAUGACAAAGGAAACCAAUCAGAAAACAGCGAAGACCCCGAAUCUGAUAGGAAGAAGUCUGGGAAUCAGUCAGAUAACGAAAUGAACUGUAAUGAUGAUGGGAACAGCUCCAGCAACCAGGACAGCAGGGACAGUGAUGACAGCUUUGAAAAUUCUGACUUUGAGAAUCAAAAGGCCCCUGAGGACAGUUUUGGUACUCUUGGUUCUAUGCAGAUCAAGGUGGAGCGCUAUGUGGAGAGUGAAUCGGACUUGCGGUUGCAGAACUGUGAAUCGUUGACGUCAGACAGCGCCAAGGACUCAGAUAGUGGAGGGGAAGUAAAUGCCCAGUCUUCCAGCAAACAUCAAAAGAGGAAGAAGAGGAGGAAAAAGCAGAAAGGAGGCAGCAUGACCCGCAGAAGGCUAUCAAGCACUUCAAGCCCAAAUGGACUUGACUCAGCUUUGGUGGACCAGCCCCAGCUGCUCUCGUCACCAAACAGUGCCUCAGUGCUCAAAAUUAAAACAGAGAUCUCAGAACCUAUCAAUUUUGAUAAUGAUAGCAGUAUUUGGAAUUACCCACCUAACAGGGAAAUCUCAAGGAAUGAAUCGCCCUACAGUAUGACCAAGCCCCCAAGCUCAGAGCACUUCCCCUCCCCACAAGCCAGCAGUAGUUUACAUGUCUCCAUUCCAGACUCCGUUCUCACCCCACCAGGGUCUGAAAAUACUGCCAGCCGCAAAACUCAGUUCAGCACCUCAUCCAGCUCGGCCUUGGCUCCUGUAUCCUCUGACCCUUUGUCACCCCCGCUUUCAGCAUCUCCACGGGACAAACAUCCAGGAGGUCCCAGCACUUCCAACUCUUUGUUGUACACUGGGGAUCUGGAAGCCCUUCAGAGGUUGCAAGCAGGCAAUGUGGUGCUUCCUUUGGUUCACAGGGUAACUGGAACCCUUGCUGCCACCAGCACUGCUGCUCAGAGGGUCUACACCACUGGCACUAUUCGGUAUGCUCCAGCUGAAGUUACUUUAGCCAUGCAGGGCAACCUCCUCCCUAAUACCCACGCUGUUAACUUUGUUGACGUUAACAGCCCCAGCUUUGGGCUGGAUCCUAAAACGCCGAUGGAAAUGCUCUACCACCACGUUCACCGACUCAAUAUGUCGGGACCAUUUGGAAGUGCUGUGAGCGGGGCCAGUCUGACCCAAAUGCCUGCAGGGAACGUGUUCACAACUGCCGAAGGACUUUUUUCCACUCUUCCAUUUCCUGUGUACAGCAAUGGCAUUCACACUACACAGACUCUGGAACGGAAAGAGGAUUGA